ACCAGACGUUGUGAACCAUCAGCGCUACACGGCGGACUUCCAGAGUAUUGGUCCGUACCAGUCAACUUAAAAUAGUUGUUUAGGCUACGCGUAUGAUGCGUCCAUUCGUCCCCAGCCCAACGCUCACGGUCCAGCCAUCCAGGGGACUCGUUGAUGAAAAGUUGCAGGUUGUGGUGAAGAACUUGCCGCCCAGGCAAGAAGUUACCUUGCAUUCCCUCCACCAGUUUGAGAGCAACGAUUUCUGGGAGGCUUUUGGGCAUUAUGUCAGCGAUGGGAAAGGAACUGUUACAGUGGCGGAGGAUGCGAGCGUGGGAGGCUCGUACCAGGGCACGGAGCCCAUGGGGCUGCUAUGGAGCAUGAAGCCGGUGCCAGGGAGUCGAACAGGACUCGGGUUUCAGAAGAAAGAUGCCCGCACUCCUAUGGUGGUGCAGAUCUCUGUGUACAGAGGCCACAUCAGCUAUGGGUUUAAGGAGACACUGCCCUUAGCGUGUGCUGUCACCGAGCGCUGGUACAUGGCCCCUGGCGUGCGCAGGGUCGACGUCAGAGACAAGGGGGUGAAAGGGACAUUAUUCCUGCCACCAGGUCCUGGGCCCUUCCCUGGAGUGCUGGACCUGUGGGGAGGGGGAGGAGGGCUGGUGGAGUAUCGCUCUGCUCUCCUGGCAUCACACGGAUACGUUUCCAUGGUGCUGGAGUACAUGACACCGAAGAUUAUGGAAAAGUUUACUUUAAAGGGACACCAUUACUUUGAAACUGCCUUCACCAUCCUGAGAGACCACCCCCAGGUGUGCAGUGACCGGGUGGCCAUACUCGGUCGAUCCUUCGGCACCAUUGUUGCCCUGACCAUGGCUGUGUGCUCCCCUCUGAUUGAGCCCAGGUGCGUGGUGUGUAUCAGUGGAAGCCACCAACUACCUGUGGAGGAACCUCUGUCUGAUGUUUUAACGUGGAUCAACAAAAACAGAGACAAGGUGCGAUUUGAUGAGGAAAAGCAACUAAUCACACGGUAUCUCCUUUUACCCAUACCAUCCGACCCCAGCAAGAAGGUCGAAGUGGGGAAGAUCCGAUGUCCUCUGCUGUUGAUCGUAGGAGAAGAUGAUCAAAGCUGGCCAGUGUCUGAGAUGGCAGAGGAUAUGGAGAAGAUGAUGAAGGAAGGUGGGAACAGUCACCUGCUGACCACUCUGUCGUACCCCGGGGCGGGUCACCUGAUUGAGCCACCCUACACCCCACAUUUCCACUUCAGCAUCAUCGUAUCAGCAAUUACAAAGGAGAAAGUGAUCAUGCUGUGGGGGGGUGAGACCAAGGCGCACUCUUAUGCACAGGAACACUCCUGGCAGAGGACCCUGGCCUUCCUGCAGCAGCAUCUGUACUCCAGAGGAGACAAAUCGGAUUGCUCCAAUCUGUUAAGGAAGAUGAAUGUCUGCACUCCUAUGGUGGUCCAGAUCUCUGUGUACAGAGGCCACAUCAGCCGUGGCUUUAGGGAGACGCCGGCCUUAGCGUGUGCUGUUGCCGAGCGCUGGUACAUGGCCCCUGGCGUGCGCAGGGUGGACAUUGAAGAAAAGGGAGUCAGAGGGACGCUUUUCCUGCCACCAGUGGCGGAAGAUGCGAGCGUGGGAGGCUCGUACCAGGGCACGGAGCCCAUGGGGCUGCUAUGGAGCAUGAAGCCGGUGCCAGGGAGUCGAACAGGACUCAGGUUAAGGAAGAUGAAUGUCUGCACUCCUAUGGUGGUGCAGAUCUCUGUGUACAGAGGCCACAUCAGCCAUGGCUUUAGGGAGACGCCGGCCUUAGCGUGUGCUGUUGCCGAGCGCUGGUACAUGGCCCCUGGUGUCCGCAGAGUCGACAUUGAAGAAAAGGGGGUCAGAGGGACACUUUUCCUGCCACCAGGUCCUGGACCCUUCCCUGGAGUGCUGGACCUGUGGGGAGGGGGAGGAGGGCUGGUGGAGUAUCGCUCUGCUCUCCUGGCAUCACAUGGAUACGUUUCCAUGGCACUGGAGUACCUUUCACCUGAUGCAUUAAGGACCUCUGAGGUCGACUUUGAUUACUUUGAGACGGCCUUUAAUAUUGUGCGGGAGCACCCCCUGGUGGCAACUGACCGUGUGGCGCUGUUUGGCCUUUCCUUCGGAACUUCAGUGUCUUUGUGUGUGGCAGCCCACUCAGAAGUUGUGCAACCGAAGUGCUGUGUGUGCAUUAGUGGAAGCCAUGUCCAUCCUGUCAAUAAGUCUGUUCAUGAAGUGUUUCAUGACCUGAGCAAAUAUUCUCACAAAAUGCGGGUGGAUGAAAACAAUCAAAUGAUCUGGAGAGACAUUAUUUUGCCCAUCCCUACUGAUCCUGAGAUCAAAGUGGAUGUUGGGAGGAUAAAGUGUCCGGUGCUGCUGGUUGUUGGACUGGACGAUCAGAACUGGCCCACUGAGGAGUCUGCUGAGGACAUGGAGAAGAUGAUGAAGGAAGCGGGGAACAGUCACCUGCUGACCACUCUGUCGUACCCCGGGGCGGGUCACCUGAUUGAGCCACCCUACACCCCACACUUUCGCUCCAGUAACUUCGUGGUAACACAGACAAGGGAGAAAGUGGUAAUGCUGUGGGGAGGUUACCCCAAGCCGCAUGCGGAUGCUCAAGAAGACUCCUGGAGGAGGAUCUUGGAGUUCCUGCGGCAACAUCUCAAUCAGAGCCCGGGCACGGCCACAGUGUCCAAGCUGUGACAUCACACUGCCGGGUUUGAAGAGAAUGAGCACAUUCGAGUUACAGGAACAGUACCAUAGGCUUUGUGUGCGACAUUUACACCACCAAGUAUUGUUUGGAAACGUUUAUGAUAUUUCAUGUACAAGAAAGUAUUCCGAUAAUACACAGCUAUGGAUGACAGUGAACUACAAUUAAGGAGGCCAAGAAUUUGACUUUAAAUUAGUACUGGUUCUGAACCUGUUUUUCGUGAUCAGUGAGCUCAUCAUUUUUACUGUGCAGCUGAUUUCCUUUUAUGUAGUUGUGUCUAAUGUGCUAGCAUUGCAUAUGAGUUAAAUGUUUAAGCACUGUAAAUAACAUGAAUUAUAGUGAUCAGAUUGAAUAAAAUAAUUUUGAUUCUAAAAAAAGAUCAGUUUUUUUUUUUGUAACUUUAGUUGAAGUUGAUAUGAACGAAAGUGAUUUCAUACAAGGUGUAAAGUGAGAGCUGCUGUAUUACAUGUUAAACUGCAAAGGGACCAGCGCA